AGAAGUGCAAGGGAUGUGACAGAGCCCAGGCCUCUCCAGGAUUCACCACUGCUCUCCACCAUGAUCAACACGUACAUGACCAGCAUGGCUCCACCGCCGGUGCCUCCGCGCCACAGCAGGUCCCACUCGGUCCUCAUCCCGGCUCCACUUCCAUCCAAAGGCCACAGCAAGACUUUAGUCCGGUUUUUGGUUGGCGUAGUGUUGAUGCAUUUAUUCCUGUCGGUCGGAGGAUUCAUCUAUCUGUACCAAAAUGACAAAUCGCUUUCAGUUCAUGUUCCCUCAGGCGAAGGAAAAACUGCGCCUCGCUCAUCAGGAAAGCAGGACGCUUCCUACAGACCCAUGGCACGCAUGGCAGUUACGCAGCGAUCACACUCAUCAGCACCGGGUAAUCUCCAGUGGGAAAUCAACCACUCAGUUCAUAGGAGCAUCAAUUACUACAACAACAGUUGGUUGACUAUCCUGCAGCCUGGUGACUACUAUGUCUACUCCAGGGUGACCUUCUCCAAGGGCGACUCUGUGGGCCCACUGGUCAGCAGGGUGAAGAUGAGGAAGAAUGAGAAAGGAGAGGAGAAGGUUGUGAUGGUGGCUUACUGCAACCUGGACAGUGCCAGUGGGUCUGCUUUGAGCCCUCAGCUGUGCACGGCCUCACAGGGAGAGACGAUCACACUGGAGAAAGGAAACCAGCUCAGUGUCUGGGUACAAGACCUUUCACUGGUGAACUACGAAGAAGGAGCCACAACCUUUGGGAUGUACAAACUGUAGGACUGCUGGCCCUGAGCUGAACUGUGGGAACUCAUUGAAUGGAUGUACUUGGAUUUUAAAUCUACCGAGAACGCUGUUAAAAAGACUUGAUCAAUAAUCAAACUAAUGGAUUCUGAUCUUUUUCGUGAAGACAAAGACCACAUUCCUAAAAUAUAAUUUAUUAAAUCAGAUUGUGUUAUUUUCCUGUGGCAGUGCUGUGAAUGGCUGUUCUGUAUUUAUUAAUGUAAAUGAGUUUGUAUGGCUGUGAAAUGAAACUUUGAUAUUUAAUCUCAAACAUUUCUCCUCUUUUCCUCACUUUGUUCUGCAUUUGCCUCCUUUUAAGGAGUUAAUUAGAAGUAAAAGGAUAAAGGAGAUACACACAUUAGACUAAAGCGUCACAUAUUCAAUAUUA